CCAGAAUAUCAGAAUGAACUGAUGAAGGAAGGAGACACAAACACAGAGGAAUUAAGAGAGAAACAGACACAACUAGAAAAUGGAGCGGAACACAUUUAUCACGCUUAUUUUCUCAGCUGUCUUCAGUUUAUCUGCAUGUGUUCCACAUCAGUAUCACUUUGUGAAUAUGCAUUUGACCUGGACUGAAGCUCAGAGAUACUGCAGAGAGAAUUACACAGAUCUGGCCACCAUCAACAACAAGAAUGACAUAGAAGAGCUGCUGAAGAGUGUGAAUGAUGAUCAGGUUCAGUAUGUCUGGAUUGGGCUGCAGAAGACAGUCAGUUAUAAAUGGAAGUGGUCUCUGGGUGACCCUGCGUUCUACACAGGAAAUGAUUCACAGUAUUGCAACUGGGCACAGGGACAACCAAAUGGUGAUGAUGACUGUAGUAACAUGAAUCCUGGACAAUGGAAUGAUUAUGAAUGUAAUAACAGCUUACCUUUCAUGUGUUACAGAGACAGCAGUAAAGAAUUCAUCCCUGUAAAUCAGCCCAUGACUUGGAGAGCUGCUCAGAAUCACUGCAGGGAGUUUUACACAGAUCUGGUCAGUGUGAGGAACCAGCCUGAGAAUCAACAGAUUGAGAAGAUCAGGAAUGAUGCACACAUUACAUCUGGAGUCUGGAUCGGUCUGUUCAGAGACUCAUGGGAGUGGUCAGAUCAGAGUAACUCCUCAUUCAGAAACUGGAGGACAGGUGUACCUGAUAAUGAUGGGGGGAAUGAAAACUGUGCAGUGGUUUGGGUCAAUACAGACCGUGGACAAUGGGGGGACGUGACUUGUAGUUUAAAAUAUCCCUUUGUCUGCCAUGAAGAUAAACUGGUUUUGAUUAAGCAGAAUCUGAGCUGGCCAGAAGCUCUGAAAUACUGCAGAGAGAAUCAUGUGGAUCUGGUGUCAGUUCACUCUGAGCAGAUUCAGCGUCAGGUGAUGAAUGUGGUUCAAAAGGCUUCCACUGCUGAAGUGUGGUUGGGUCUACGUCACUCCUGCACUAUGGGCAUCUGGUUCUGGGUGAAUGGAGAAAUCUUGUGCUAUCAGAACUGGGCUGCAGGUCACGGGACAGGAGUGGAAGACUGCAGGGAUGGACCGAGAGUUGGAGCAGUUCAGUCUGGAGGAGAUCAUCGCUGGGUCAGACUUCCACAAACUCACAAACUCAACUUCAUCUGCACCAACUAUGACUGAAUCAACAGGGUUCCCACUCUUUUCAAGGAACAAUUUUCCAGGACAUUUCUAGGACAUUUUCUGUGCCCAACAGGUGUAAUAUUUAAGCAAAAAACACACAAGAGGUCAUGAUGUAUGUUGUGGUUAUUGAAGUGGACUCAGAUCCACUUAUUGUGGUUAUAAAAGGAUCCAUUCAUUUAUUAUUGAAAAUUAAUUCACAUCCUGAGGUGUAAAGGCAGCAUCACCACACUACCACUGAACUCAUAAAAAAAAAAACAAAAAAACAAUCAGCAGUCUGACCGUAAACCGUUGUCUAAGGUUUACCACUCAGAUGUUUUUGUAGUGAACAUAACAGCAAUGUUAGAAUGAAAAAAUCAUAUUUUUCACUAUAUCAAUACUUAAACUAUUUUGUUGGAGCAAAGUAGAGAUUAAAGCAGAUGAGCAGAGAAUGUACGUAACAGGGCUUCGUUCAUGACAGUCAACCACUGAUGUUGUUUCACAAAGGUGCAGCCGCCGACAGUGACAAAACUAGGGAUGCACCGAUGUAUGACCAAAUUAAAACCAUCAGCAUAUCAGUUAUUGUCACAUAUUCCGGUCAUCAAGCUUGGACUCUGUUUUAUAUCUGUGUUAUAUUUAGAUACUCUGUUCUGUAUUUGUUCUGUGUAUCUGUGUAAUGUUCUGGACACCACUAGAGGUCGUCAUCCCUCUUUUCUGUUCCUUGUUCCUGUUUCCUGUUUGUAUUCUGUUAUGGGGUUUGUAGUCUGCUGUAGUUCUGUUUUGUCAUUGGCCUAUUUGAUUAUCUGUUCCAGGUGUUUCUUGUUUGCUUGUUCUACUGUUUUGUAUUUAAGUGCCCUGUUUUCAGUUCUGUUUGUCAGUUGUUAAUGAAUGUUCUGUGUGUGUGUGUGUGUGUGUGUGUGUGUGUGUGUGUGUGUGUGUGUGUGUGUGUGUGUGUGUGUGUGUGUGUGUGUGUGUGUGUGUGUGUGUGUGUGUGUGUGUGUGUGUGUGUGUGUGUGUGUGUGUGUGUGUGUGUGCGUGUGUGCGUGCGCGUGUGUGCGUGCGUGCGUGCGUGCGCGUGUGCGUGCGUGCGUGUGCGUGUGCGUGUGUGUGUGUGCGCGUCGUACAGUGUAAGCUUGCUUCUAUCUGUUCUGUUUGUUCCUGAUCAGAUCUGGAUUUACCCGUUCUGUAUUUGGAUUAUCUCUUGUGUUUGGAUUUUGCCUGUAUUCUGGAUUUACCCGUUUGGAUUGACCUUUUGUGUUUUGCACCUGGAUUACAUGUGAGUUUUGAACUGUUUAUGUUUGUUCACCCCCAUCUGUACUUCAAUAAACUUAA